UCCAAUCUGGAGGAAAUAAACGGGUAGUAAAACAAACGUCAUGCAUCAGCGACUACAUCUCCGUAGUCGUCCUUUGCGAACCCUUGUUCUAGGAUUGCUCGGCUUGUCUUUGUACGCGUAUUAUCGUAACACUUAUUACGGUGCCUCGCAAUAUACCGUACCACGAAAUGUUAGUCAACCACCGUUUCAAGAGGUUUAUAAACAAUCGAAUACAAGCAUAGAGCACCACGUAGCGGUUUCCUCCAGCAGAAGUAAUUCUCCAGAACCAUCUGUCGUUGGUGCUUACAACUCGCAAAAUUCUACCAAUCUUUCCAGUUCUGUGAUCACAGUGCAGUCCACAUCUUCUAGCUCCUCUCAAACUUUGUCUUCUGCGAACGUGUCCGUUGCUGUCUCCAAGCAAAGCAGCGAAAAGCCUUUGAACGAGACUAAAGAAGUCUCUGCACCGGUCAAUGAGUACUCUGCUCGUGCUAUUUAUGAAGCUGGUCAUAUGGUACCCAUUCCGGAAAAAUGCCCAAACUUUGGCAAAGAAAUGGAUCUGGUUAUAAUAAUAAUGUCUGCUCCAACCCACCUAGAAGCUAGGAUGGCAAUACGACAAACAUGGGGUCAUUUUGGUCAGCGAAGCGACAUCAGUAUCUUAUUCAUGUUAGGUGCAACUCUGGACUCAAAAGUAGAAACGAUUUUGAAGAAAGAACAAAAGACUUACAACGACGUGAUACGCGGAAAAUUUUUAGAUUCUUACUCAAACUUGACGCUUAAAACGAUCUCUACCCUCGAGUGGGUAGAUAAUUAUUGUUCCAAGGUUAAAUUCCUUUUAAAGACUGACGACGACAUGUUUAUUAACGUUCCGCGUUUGCAAGCUUUUACGGUUAAACAUGCUAAAGAUAGGAACGUAAUAUUUGGUAGAUUAGCUAAGAAAUGGAAACCAAUUAGAAAUAAAAAGAGCAAGUACUACGUCUCUCAAGCGCAAUUUAAGAAUGCCGUCUUUCCAGAUUUCACUACCGGUCCGGCGUAUCUUUUGUCCAGCGAUAUCGUGCGUAAACUGUACGGUGCUGCGUUAGACCAAAUAUACCUCAAACUGGAAGACGUUUUUGUUACUGGUAUAGUCGCGGACAAACUAGGAAUCACAAGGACGCAUGCUAACGAAUUUUUAAAUAAGAAAAUAUCGCAUAGCGCGUGUAACGUUCAACGAAGUAUCAGCAUCCAUAUGGUCAAAUAUAGCGAACAAUUUGAUCUUUGGAAAAAAUUACUCGACGGCAAGAGCGAAUGCAAAUGAUAGACAACACCUAUUAUCGAUAGGUGCUCGAGAUUUUCAAAUCGCACGGCAAAUUAUUUGUCGCUCGGCUCGUACA